AUGCCACCCUCAACGACCCCACAACAACAACAACAACAACAACAACAACAGCAACAGCAGCAACAAGAACAGCAACAGCAACAACAACAGCAAUGUUCAAACCAACUGCGUGUAAAAGUCAACGAAGUCGCCCCGUCAUUACUCCAACCAAGUCCCAUCCUCGGCGGGUCGCGCACACCGAUGCACCUUGUUCACAUUUCGAAUCGCAAGUUGAACCGGGAGGUGUUUUCGGGCCGAGACCGGUCGAUCCAUCGGCGGAUAGUGAUCAAGAACUUUUUGACGAUGUUGUACCAGCUGCAUCCGGUUGAGUGGAUCAAGGAGAGUAGCGUUGCGGUCGAUGACCAGGACCAAUGGUUGGAACAGACACUCUCUGCGGCGGGGAUUGAUUCCCAGGACGAGGUGGAUGAUGCUGAUAACAACAACGACCACAACGACAGCCAUCAUAACGAAAACCAAGGGCUCCCAAUACUCUCACCCUCUGCUGCAGCAGCAGCCUCAGUCGUCACCUCCCGUCGGAGACUGUCCCUUCGGUCAAACAAAGUCCCGCUCCCUCGUCCAGCAUCCGUCGAACUCUCACAAUCACUCCAUUCCUAUCUCUCAGCGGUGUUCGAUGUCAAUUGGUCCGUCAGUCAAUCGUCCAACACUGAGGAUUCUUUUGUCACCGCUCCUUCCAGCAAUCCCUCCUCUCCAUCUUCAGCAUCAGGAUCGGGACCGUCGUCGCGUUCCCAGGCCAUUUCUGCAAGAAGGCCGACCUUGGGACAGAGGAUGAUUGAGAGCCUCAUGGAACCGGAACAGGACAAUGUUGGUGGUGGCAUUGCACGUCGUCAUCAGGGUUCUCGGCAAGAGGCAUCUUCAUUGUCAUCGCCUCAAAAAGGGCAAAGCAAGGACAGUAAUGGAAGAAGCACGGAUAUUAAUUACAAAGCAGACGAGAGCCACCAGUUGCAACGACGACAAGACGAUUCUAAACCUGACACUGGCUCAUCCUUACAGCAACAACCACAACAGCGUCAAGGCAAUAAUAAGAAAAAGGUCGCGUCCACUUCCCGGGCUGGCCCCGAGAGCCGAACCCAGCCUCCUCGUCCCUCGACACCGCCCCCUCGCCCAUCGACUCCACCUCCACCACUGGCCUCAAAGAAGACUCUUUUGACAACAGCAACGACAAAAACACCCGAGAAGUAUGCGCCUCCUCGCCCUGAACGACCCUCCUCCCCCUCUGCGAUGCCCUACACUCUCUCCUUUGAUCCAGACCCUUCCUUGUCCCUGCAGUCGAAUUACGCCAUGCCUGCUGCUGUAUAUGAGCCCAUCUCCAUGGCUCCACAGCAGCACAUUCACAACCACAUCCAUAUUCAUGUCCACAACUAUCCCCCAGAAGCCGCGGCAGCAACGACAACUACAUUGUCAACAUCACCGCCUCAACGCUCCGUUACCCUUCCACCACGGUCUUCGCGGUAUCCCAAACCCCCACCACCUCGACCCACAACAACAACGACCACCACAACCACUGAGUACAUUUCCUACUCGACCGACUACUCCGCCUCGAUUCAUUCUCAAUGGGCUACACCCGAUCCAAAGGCGAUCCUGGCAGCCACCGCCGCCGCGGCUGCAAACUUGCCUCCAACCUGGCAACCCGUGUCAUCAGACACUCUUCUCCCUUCGGCCGUGACCACUACCUCGAGGUCAAGUUACCCACCAGAAAAGUCGGCUGGUGGUUUGAUGAAUGGCAGGGGUGUGGAAGAGGAAGUUCGGGAGGAGCAACCGUAUCUGGCCAUGACACCCCCAACGACUUCACGAUACCUUCGCUCCCCCCCACCUCCACCAUAUACCCAGUCGCCCAUCGAUCAGAGCUCCUUUACGGCCCCCCUAUCACCUUCAAUGUCUCCUGCUGCCUUUUCACCCUUUGAAGCAGCUUACGCUUCCAAGCAACAACAGUCAGUCUUCACGCCCAUUCUGACAACCCAGCCUCAGUCGACUCUUUUCAGCAGUACCAGCGCCAGUGCCAAUCAGAAGCUGUUGGAGUACAAGCUGUACCAGGAGCGACAAAAGAUGUUUGCUCGCGGCGACGACUCUGAAAAAGACGAGUCCUCAAAACUGGAUGGCCUCGGGUUCAUCCGCAGACUGUCGCGUCAGAGUUCCAAGAAGAAGAACCCUUUGUCAAGUAUCAGUGCCCCCCUUCCCUCGACCUUGUCCUACUCUUCCUCUUCAGCCUCUUCAACGACAUCUUUGUCUGUCGCCGUGCCCCUCCACACCAUCGGCGGCGGCCUCGAGAGAUACCACGACGACCAUCAGCAACAAUCCUCCUCCCAAUCCAAAGGAUUGGACGCUCAUGGCAAUCCCCGGUACUCAUUACAGCCAGCAGCCAAGAACGCAGUGAGUAUGUUCAAGGGUACACUCUCAUCCGUAAAGAGCGGUCUCUCCCGGUCUUCGUCCCCUACUCCCUCUGUGACUUCGUCGAUUGGACCGAUUGGCCCCCCGAUGACGAUGAGUUCUAACACGUUGACGUAUGGAGCGGUCAAAAAGGUGUCUUGUCUGGGACCUUCACAGAUGUAUCAUUACCCUACCCCUUCUACGAGUGCUUCUCCCACUUCUGCGACCUUGACUACGACUGUGCUAUGA